UAAUUCUUUUACUGUUGAAAUGUUUCUUCAAGCGCGUAAAAAUACCCGUAUAAUACAGCAGGUUCCCAUGUGACGUCAUAGCGCGACAACUUGUCCGAAAAGUUCAAAAUGAGGUCAUGUGUUUUUCAAAACACAAAGAGUGGAUUUCUUUUAGUUAAUAAAGUUUGCCAUUAAAUUUUACUUUAAAAAUCAACCCACCGUGAAAAGUGGGGCAGGCUCCACUAAAGAGGCGGAGAAAACCCCUUCACCUUAUUCUACAUCCUUCCUCUCCAGUCGAUUCAUUGCUCGCUGGGUUCCCUCAAAACCACUUUAGAAUUCACCCAGAUGUCAAUCAAAAUCUAAGAGGCCAGCUUAGAGACAACCUUUCAUUCACCUCUGCAACAUGAACUUGUCUGCGAACCUGAGCGCGAGCUUGUGCGCGACUACCCUGGCCCCUUCGAACCGGUACCUGGCGUCGGCCGCGGUGUACGGCGUGGUCCUGGCCGUGGGUCUGCCCCUCAACACGCUGUCCCUGUGGAUCCUGCUGCGCACCCACGGGUUCCGCUCGCCGUGCGCCGUCCUCAUGGUGAACCUCGCCGUGUCCGACCUGCUCCUCGCGCUCUCCCUGCCGCUGCGCGUCUACUUUUACGCAACGCUCCGGUGGCCGUUCGGAACGGCCACGUGCACCGCCGCCUUGAUGUUGUUUCGCGUGAAUAUCAGGACGAGCUGCAUCUUCAUCACUUUGAUCAGCGUGGACCGGAUGGUCGCCCUGGCCCUCCCGAUGCGCUCCCGGUCUCUGAGAACCUCCGGUUGCGCGCUGAAGUGCUGCGCGGUCGUUUGGAUCCUCGUCACCGUCCUCUGCAUCCCAGAGAUUAGAUUGCUCUACAAAGGCUUGACGGGGUGCGAGAACAUACCCUGCUUCGAGAUGCAAGCGAGCCGCGGGAGAUCGCAGGUCGUCUCGCUCGCGCAGGCGAUAUUUCUAUUAGUGCUCCUGCUGGUCAACGUCGUCUCCACGGUCGUGGUCGUAAUCGUCCUGAGGAAGCGUCCCAGCGACGGAGCGGCCAAGGUUAACAACAAAAUGAACGUGAUACUGAUUUUCGUGGUCAACAUGCUGGUCUUCAUUAUAUUUUUUCUGCCCUUUACUUUGCAACUCCUGACGUUCAACUACAACAACAACAGCGAGGUUAUACGAGCUCUCGUCUGCUUGGCGAGCGUCAACUGCUGUCUGGACCCGCUCAUCUACUACUUCUCCCUGGACUCUUUCUGGCAGGACAAGGGCAAAAGACAAACGGAUGUAGGCACUUAUUCCCUCAGCAGGUCGAUGGAAAGGUCUUGACCGCCUCAGGACGGUUGGGAUAAACAAUACCGCUUCGCGCUCUUUAGCCAAAACAGGAAUUGCGUUCCCCUUGAGAAAAUACGCGUUUGAGUUAGAGUGAAUCAAACUGGGACACUUUUGAGACGACUAGAGAAAAUAUCCCAACUAUUAUUAGUAGUUUUUCUCCGACUUCACUUCACGAGGGGUUUGCGAGCGAACGGUUUCUCUCGUCACGUUUUUGUCUCGUUAUCACUAUAUCAAGCAAGACGCAAAGCGUUUGGAUACGAAAAGUUAUCUGGACACUUUAUGGGUGUCGAAUACUAGUGGAACGUUAAUAAACUACUGUGGUUAAUCUUCCAGAGCACCCGGGACUUAUUUCAUUCAGUCCAGAACAUAUUAAACGAUAACGCCGGUUGGAUAUUUUGAUUAAAUGUUCAAUUUAAACCUUCAUUAUUUGCCCUGUGGUCUACUGAGCUCCUCUGCAUGGCUAGAGAACUACACCUAAGCAGUGCUUUUUCCACUUCCUGUUACCGAGGUUUGAAAGCAAACUCUCUCUUUCAGUGCGUUUGAAGAAAUAUUUGAGACGCAAAAGACACUUCAGAGGAACUUGACUUGCGUCUGUUGUCAAAUUAUGUCAGUCACAACCACAAAAAUGCACAUUUACAUUAGUUAACAUGGAUGCUGAUGAUCAAACUGCGCUUAAAUGUGAUACAUGAACGUUGGUUUUAGCUGAAAACGAAUGCAUCCUUUUUGUCAAUGUCACUGCUAUCGUAUAUGUUUACAGUUGAGGUUGUUUGUUCAUGUAAAAGCGUUACAGUCAUAUUUGCAAUUGGUUUAUAUAGUGUUGUGAUUAAUGCGCCUGUGGUUAAAAGUGCCAUCACUGAUACCAGAUGACAGAAAUCUGCUUGUGUAUAGUCGAUGGAAAUGAUUUCAAAGCACUUUUUUGUUCUGUCAUCUAAAGCGUUGACUUCUUUAACACAAUGCAAAUAUAGGUUUUUCUCAUGACAUGAAAUCAUGAAUCUGAGGUUUCAUUGAUUCAAGCGGAUGUCUUUUCUUGUGUGUACGUCUUACAUUAAAAAGAAGUUGAAUUGAAUUUA